CACGGCGGCCAUCUUUACUUCGGGCGGAUGGGGCACUGCACCUUCGACCGUGGCGGUUCGGUCAAGUUCGGGCAGUGACUUUGCUUCUGUGGUCCGGUUCUGUCGCCCUCUUUCUGCUGAGGGCAGUUCUGGCGGCGGAGUUCCGCGGGGCCUAUGCGAGCGCAGAGGAGGUACAUGAAGUUUAAAGCUCCACAUGGCUGGUAAAAGGUCAUCAGGUGGGUGGCCGCAGCUGCUUCUGGGGCUGCUUGUCACAGUAGCUACCAUCCACCUCAUCGCCUGUCCAUAUACCAAGGUGGAGGAGAGCUUCAACCUGCAGGCUGCACAUGACCUGCUGUACCACCAGCUGGACAUGGACAAGUAUGAUCACCAUGAGUUCCCUGGAGUUGUCCCCAGGACGUUCCUUGGACCAAUGUUGAUUGCAGUGAUCUCCAGCCCCAUGAUUUAUGUGCUUUCGCUGCUGGAAGUGUCCAAAUUUUAUUCUCAGCUGACAGUCAGAGGAAUCCUUGGACUUGGUGUGAUUUUCGGACUCUGGACAUUACAAAAAGAAGUAAGACGACAGUUUGGAGCCACAGUGGCUGCCAUGUUCUGUUGGAUAACAGCCACACAAUUCCACGUCAUGUUCUACUGUACGCGGAUGCUUCCUAAUGUGCUGGCCCUGGCCAUGGUACUGCCGACCUUCACAGCCUGGCUGCAGCACAGAUGGGCCCGCUUCAUCUGGCUCUCAGCCUUCACCAUCAUCGUCUUUAGGGCUGAGCUGUGCCUGCUACUGGGCCUCAUGCUGCUGCUGACUUUGUGCCAACGAAGGGUGUCUGUGGCCAGACUGUUCCAGCACGCCAUCCCAGCAGGGAUUCUCUGUCUAGGACUGACGGUUGCUGUGGACUCCUAUUUCUGGCGAUACCUUGUAUGGCCAGAGGGAGAGGUGCUUUGGUACAACACCAUCCUGAACAAAAGUUCCGAUUGGGGUACCUCCCCACUCCUGUGGUAUUUCUACUCGGCUCUGCCCCGGGGCCUGGGCUGCAGCCUUCUCUUCAUACCCCUGGGUGCAGUGGACAGAAGGAUGCGUGCACUAACCCUGCCAUGCCUGGGCUUCAUAGCUCUGUACUCACUGCUUCCACACAAGGAGCUGCGCUUCAUCAUCUACACCUUCCCCGUGCUCAACAUUGUGGCCGCCAGAGGCUGUGCCUUUGUGCUGAAUAAUUAUAAAAAGUCUUGGCUUUACAAGGCGGGCACUCUGCUGGUAAUAGGACACCUCAUGAUAAAUGCGGCAUACUCGGCUGUGUCCCUCUGUGUGUCCCAUUUCAACUAUCCUGGUGGUGUUGCAAUGCAGCGGCUCCAUGAGCUGGUGCCCCCCUGGACAGAUGUCCUUCUGCACAUUGAUGUGGCUGCUGCCCAGACGGGUGUAUCGCGGUUUCUACAGGUCAACAGCAACUGGAGGUAUGACAAGAAGGAAGACAUACAGCCUGGGUCAGCAGGCAUGCUGGACUACACACACAUCCUCAUGGAGGCGGUCCCCCAACACCUGGCCCUCUACAAAGACACACACCGAGUCCUGGCCAGCAUCAUGGGCACCACAGGUGUGAGUGUAAACAUGAACAAACUGCCUCCCUUUGACAUCACCCUGCAGACGAAGUUAGUGCUUCUAGAGAGACUGCACAGGUCAGCCUGAGGGGAUCAGGGCCGUCUUGCUGUACUAGUGUCCUGCAGCACUGAGCACAGCCCGUUCUUCAGCACCAUGGGGUUGAUACAGGAAAACAGACCAAAGGGCCAACAUGCUACCAACAUUCACCCCUGUAACAGUCAGGGCCUUGUCAUAUCCACCCCCAGGACACAUGGCUAAAAGAAUGAGGAUGUUGGGGCUGCAGAGAUGGCUUAGCGGUUAAGGCACAUGCUUGUGAAGCCUGAGGACUCAAAUUCGAUUCUCCAGGUCCCAAGUAAGCCAGAUGCACAUAGUGGCACAUGUGUCUGGAGUUCAUUUGCAGUGGCUAGAGGCCCUGGUAUGUCCAUGCUCUCUAUCUCCCUCUGUCUCUAACAAAUAAUCAUAGAUAAAUCUUAUUGUAAAAAAUAAGGACUUGAGCUGGGCAUGGUGGCGCACACCUUUAAAUCCCAGCACUUGGGAGGCAGAAGUAGGAGGUUCACCAUGAGUCAAGGCCACCCUGAGACUACAUAGUGAAUUCCAGGAGAGCCUGAGCUACAGUGAAACCCUACCUCAAAAAAACAACAACAAUAAAAAAAAAAACCUGAGGACUUGGGUCUUGCUGGCAUCCCAGGAGCCAACAUGCAGGGUGACAGUGGCCCACCUAGACCUGUCUGGCAUGGCUGGGUGGCCAGCAGGAUCACUUAUGAUCCAGGCUGAGCAGUGGCCCCUACCAUGUGCUCCCCACCCACGAGCCAAGCUUCUUGGCCAUGGCCUGAGGGAGACCACAGUGCAUGCCAGGGCCUCAGCACUGUGGACAGUGCCUGCUGCUUCUGAUUGCUGUAGCCUCUGUUCAAAGGCACAUCAUCUCCAUUUUAUAAAACAUUUAGGAGAUAAACAUGUUCAUAAAGGGACAAGAAUAAAAGCUGUAAAUGUUUUCUUAUGCA